AAACCCUGAACGUUACAGAUUAAUACAUGUUUUAAAAUAUUCCUUUUUAUUUUCGUUGCUCAUUUUAUUAUCCUGUCUAAUUUUUGUUGCUCCUACCGGAAAUGAAGAAUGUGUAGCAGUGUACAGUAAAUUCGUGAAGUCGUCGUGACCACACGAGGGCAGUAAUGAUGAACACGAUAGUAUACAUUAUUUCGGUUUCAGAGUUUUUAUACAAUUGUGUUUUUUUUAAUUCAAAAUAGACUCGUUACACUGCCAAUUGCUGUCAAUGCAUACAUAUUUUGAAAUACGGUGCUGUUUACAACGACGUCGGAGUAACUCUGCAAACGAUGACUGACGAAGGACGGAGAAGGCGGAGUCCUCCCAGGAGGGGGCCAGGGGGAGGUGGGUCAGGAAAAUUCUGACUGGGUGGUUUCACAUGGAGCGGCACAUGCGAGAGGCCCGACUUCUCUCGGCUGGCUGGUAUCCCAGAGGCGCAGGCACAGAGGGGUUUAGUGAGCAGGCAGACACAGGGAGUACGAGCCGUUUGUUUUCGAAGCUGACAGCCAUGGCGGAUACAGGGGUCCAGAAGGAGCGCGGCGCUCUGGCAGAGGUGCCCUGCGAUGACGACAACGUCGCCCUGGUGGGUGCCGCCGCCGAGCCGGCGGUGGACGGGGGCAACCCCUCCGAGGAGGUCAAGAGCGAAGCCCAGAUGAACGGCGUCCUGGUCUUGGCCCUGCUAGAUAAAAUCAUCGGCGUGGUGGACCAGAUCCAGCAGACCCAGACUGGGCUGGAGUCUCGCCAGGAGGCCAUGGAGAAGUCCGUCUCCACCAUCCAGGGGGAACUGUCCAAGCUGUCCAAGAGCCACCUGGGCACGUCCGCCACCGUCAACAAGAUGCUGGACAAGGUCCGCAAAGUCAGCGUCAACGUCAAGACGGUGCGCGGCAACCUGGAGAAGCAGGCGGGCCAGAUCAAGAAGCUGGAGAGCAACGAGAGCGAGCUGCUCAAAAGGCGCAACUUCAAAGUCCUCAUCUACCAGGACCAAAUGAAGGCCGCGAAAACAGUCAAGCCGGCAGAGGCGCUCGCCGUGGACAGGACGAUGGAGGGUCUCCAGCAGAUACCCGAGGAGGGCGGCGAGGGCGAGGCCCAGCCGGCCAACCUCAACUCGGACGACGAGGUGGAGAUCGAGGAGAUCGUGGAGGAGUCCCGAACCAAGCGCCUGCAGCGAUCCACCAAGAAGCAAGUGGACAGCAUCAAGAAGACCUUCUCCAAGGAGAACAUGGAGAAGACCAAGCUGAAGACCAAGGAGAACCUGGAGAAGACCAGGCAGAGGACCCGAGAGAACAUGGAGAAGACCAGGCAGAAAACCCGCGACAACCUGGAGAAGACCAAGCACAACCUUGAGAAGAAGAUGAGCAAACUGAGCACCCGCAUGACCCCCAAGAUGGAACGCCGGGUCAAAAUGAAGGCCUCCAAAGAGAAGGUGAAGAAGUCCCUCACACCCGACCACGCCAUCUACGCCCGCUCCAAGACCAGCGUCUACCGCGUGCCCCCCUUCACCUUCUACGUCAAGAAGAUACGCGAGGGCGCCGAGGAGGUGGCGGCGGUGGACCACUCGGAGAUAGCCGAGGCGACGGAGGCGGGGGGCCUGCCCAAGGGCGAGGAGAACGGGCUGGGGGUCCACGUGGAAGUGGAGGAGGGGGAGCUGGUAAGCGUAGACAGCCCGGAGAUGGCGGCGGUGCUGAAGGACCCUCAGCUGGUCGGGGCGGAGGCGGACCACCUCCAGAAGAGCCAGCGCGAAUAGAGAGUCCGUCCCCAUUAAAGGCACAGGAAACACGGAAGCUCCACGAGGACGCAUCAGUAACCAUCUGGACUCCACGCAUAUAUUUCAUAUCUGUUCCAUUUUUCUUCUUCUUUUUUAAAUCCAAAAGAUUUUCAUAGUCACUUUGGCACAGUAAAAGUAAAAACUAAGCAAACGCCGAUAGGAUAUUCACGCUAAUAGGCCUAACCUUUUACACAAAUCCGGUUUGUGCUUGUUGAUUUUACGAGCGUAGUCCCAAAUAGGAAGAUAAAAAGGUAUACAUAUUUCUUUGUUGUUUGUAAUGUAUCGUAAUAUGGAGUAUUUUGCCACGUACAACGCGCGCGCACGACCUGUGAGGGUAGCGGGAAGUCGCCGGGAAGGUUUCGGGGUAGGUUUCGGGGCGCUCCUCUGGCCACAAGUGGGAAAAAUAUAUAAAAAAAUGUAAAAAAAACUAUUAAAAAAAUAAUAUUAAAAAAACACAAGUUGCAUAACAUUGGAAAACAAAGAAAUACAAAAAUAGUAAUAUGAUGUUAGGGAUGGGCAUUUAUCUUUGGGGCAUCAAAUUUGAAGAAGACUGCUGCUCCGGAUGUUUUUCAAUCUCGUUUCCAUGCCAGUUUUGUACCGAGCGGAAUACACGGCGGAUAUUAAAAGUCGACACACCCCUUUUCAAAUGUCAGGUUUUAGUGACCGAGAUAUUGUAAACCUUUUUCCACCAAUAAUUUGGCUAAUAAUUUGUACAACUCAAUCAAAAAAAUGAAGAAAUUCUUUGAAGGGAUGAUGUCCAGAAAAUAACUGAAAUAGUAAUGUUGCGUAAGUGUCCACACCCUCUUAAAACUGAGCUGUGGCUGUGGUCACAAUCAUCCAAUCGGUUUUCAACUCAUGUUUAAAGGAACAUUCCGGUGGUUUGGAGUAACAAUGUAUCCAACAGGUCAUGUAUUAUGAUAAUGUGAUGUUAAAUCCCUUCUCAUUUAAUAGUGUUUUGAGAAGAUUUUUAUCGAAAAUUACGAAUUUUCAGGUGCGCCGCCAUUUUCGCCGUCAGACUCCGCGUCGUUCCGCCAGAAGAGCCAUCCGAAUAUUCAACAUUAUUUACAGCCACAGGUUCAAAUCUGUAUGGAAGUAUUCCUCCGUCUUCCCGAUCAACCGAUACUGCUGUUUCUUCAUCAGAUGAGGAUAAAUCCGAGAAAUCAACGCUGGGCAUAAUGGUGUCCCGUGUAAUCGAGCGUUUGGAACGGCACGUAACACGUCACAUCCGCGCAUGUAGGUCAAGUAACUCGCGAAAAUGGCGGCGCACCUGAAAAUUCGUAAUUGUCGAUAAAAAUCUCCUCAAAAGAGGAUUUAACAUCACAUUGCAGACAAGAUAGAGUACAUUUUACAUGACCUAUUGGAUGCAUUGUUACUCCAAACCACCGGAGUUUUCCUUUAAAUGAGAGCCAGCACACGCCUGCAAACCAUGUGAAGAAAGCCCAAAUAAACUUCAGAUGUUCUA